CUAUGAAGAUCUAAGAACUCCACAGCUGUUAUCACAUAACCUUAUUCCGGUGUUAGAAAAGUGUUUUCUUCGAAUGCUCUGAAAGUAUAAUUAAAUGAUUUUAUAGCAAAUUCAAUUAAGAAACAUAGUUAAAAGUAAUUUUAUCAAGCCAAGGUAUUAAUUUUAAAAGGCAAAAAUGCCUUUCAUGAUCGGUAGAGCUCCCAUCAGGAGGACACUGCAAUAUUUACAGGCAGGGGAAUUAGUGCUGAAGGAUAAAAUUCAGAUUUUCACUGUAAAUUAUAAUCUUGUGGGUGAUCACCAUGAAGGAACACGGGACUUUGUAUUUUGGUACUUACCACAGGUUCAGUAUAAAAGUCCACAUGUGCAGGUAGUUACAUUUAGGAAUAUGACACCAUCUCCAUUCUUCAGAUGUUAUUUUGAAGAUGGAAAGCAAAUGCUAAUAGAUGCAGAUAGUAAAACUAAGGAGGAAUUGUUGCAACAUUUAAUAAACGUAGUUGGCAAGACAAAAGAAACAUUGCAAAAGGAAGCAGUUGCUCGGGAGAAGAAAGAUAACCCUGCCAACUUUGGAGUAGGUUGUGAAAAAAGUUGCAUUUGUGAAAUACCUGGCCAAUUACCUUGUCCACAAGUCGUACCGUUACCAUAUCACAUGCGAGGAAAAUACAGAAAUAACCCAGAUGCUAUUCCAAACUAAGCUGUGCACAUUUCCCAGUGUUACGUUGACAAAUACAUUUGCAUCGUCUGCUGUUCUAUAUGUGACAAAGGCAUAGCCUCUUGGUUGACCAGCUUGUGGACCCGACCGAUGGAAGAGCAGGUCAAAUUUUUCGAUCGUUCCAUAUUUUUGAACGAGUUUCAGGAG